CCAUAUCUCAUCCUAGGAUAUAUCUCAGUUUCCACGUUGUAUCUUAAAGAAUUUUCCUUUAUCGCUACCGAAGAUGACAUUUUGUAUCUCGCGAAGUUUAACCGUGACAAUAAGUUGCUUCGCUAUUCUGGUCAAUUGCAGUCCGAAGUUCGAUGAUGGAGGUUUUGUGCCGAGUUCUAUCAGCUACAUGGAAAAACAGGCGAAGGCACAGGAUCAGGUAGCCAUGCCGUCUCAGAUUAAACAACACGACGAAGCGUCGAAGCGCGAAUCCGAGACGAACGAUAUUGCGGAUCGUAGCCAGGAGGCACGAUUUGGUUUCACCAAUGUCGGAAGUACAGGAAGCGGUUACGGCGUAUCACCUUAUGCGCCGGCGAAAAUAGAUCUUGGAGGACUUCUCUUGGGAGCCAUCAUAGGCGUGGGAUCGAUUCUCAUUAUCCCAAAGUUGCUCUAUAUCCUGUCGGGGACUUACGGUACUUAUGCGAGAAGUGAAGAUAAUGGCUUCACGCAGACUCUGACGAGGCUCGAUGAUGUCCUGGCUCGUCAUGGCAUCGACACGACCUCGUGCAUGCAACGCGCGGUGUGCACCUACUUGCAGCAGGUGACCACAGUGGACGACGAGAACGAGAACGGAAACGAGAAAGAUCAGAAAGUGACGUCCUUCGAGAAGAUGGUGAACACAAUCACCACCAAUCAAGUGUUUCGCACGGCCAUGCAGGGCACGGCGAUCGAGGAAGCGGUGGAAGCCGGUAGGAACGGUAGAAACUGUUCAAGAUUGUAUCGACACUGCGGCUUCUCGAUGGAGACCAUGCUGUCGCUGUUGGCUAACGUCAUCACGACGGUGAACUCGCGCGUCGCGACGCCCACUGAUUCCUCGUUGUAA